UUUUUAGGUGGUUUGGAUAGUGUCUUUGCUCAGUAUGUAACUUUAUCAAAAUGGCUGACUCUCCUGAAUUGACCAGAAGUCCCGACGACAAGCAUAGCACAGUACCCAGUUUUGUUGGUUCAGCAAAAUCUUCAAGAAGCUCCAAAUCUGUCAAAGAACCUGUGGAAAAGGCAAAACAAGGGACCAUAAAGCCACAUGGUGUUACUGUAACUGUAACAGUAGCUGUCGCCUAUCCAAAACCCACAGACGAACAUAGUAAAUUGCUUGAGGAAUUGGUGAAAAGGAACAAGAAAACUGUUGAUGCUCCUCGUGCCAAUCAAUAUCUGCAUUGCGAGUAUUUGAUUGCUCCACAACAGGAGCGAACUAUUACCGAUGUCGUAACUUAUUCUGUGGCCGCAAAAAUUUUCACUGAGAACGAUUCUCGCGUGGUAAAGACUUGGGAUGAUGGGCAGAAUGUAUGGGUGGCAUGGAUGCAUAGUCAUGAGAUUGAAGUGACAAGUAAGAAUGUUAUGUCACUGUACAACCACACCGUUAAUAUGAAGAUCUGGGAUGCGAAGGAUAAAGUGUCUGUUAAAGCUCGCAGUGAUCGACCAAAGGCAUUUCGGCUUCCAUCUGCUACUGAAUCUGGUAUUCCUGGUAAAGGGGUGCAAGGAGUUGUAGCAAGGCAGUCAAACAGUUGGUUGAAUGUCCAACCCAGAGACUCUGUAAUUGAUAUCAAAGAUCAGCAAAACAAAAACUUGCACACACUUCUAGAUGAAACAGUGACUGCUGAUAAAGAAAAUAAAGAGGCUCUAACAAAUCUGCAGCCAAUAAGAGUGAGAAGUACACUUGGCAGGUUAGCUGGUAUUAACGCUUCAGAUGAAGAGAAGAAAAGAAUCAAUGAAUUGAAAAAGCAGCAGGCUGUGUUACAAAAGGAAUUGGAAAGAAAUGGCGGAAUGUUGCGCAACACCGAAAAACGUCUUUUAAAGGAACCAAAGAGUUAAAACAGUUUCAUCGAAAUUGUCCGAACCAAGUGGUUCAGUAUGUGAUUGUUAUGUCACACUAUCUCUUGAUGGUCCAUUGUUACCUCAUGAACUGGAGAAAUCUCUUAACCCUCUUGUAAUAAACUUAAAAGCAGUGAAAGACCUACCAGCAACACCAAUACCUUACCAACAAUUAUCAGAGCUUUGCAAACCAGUUCACUGCCAAUAUUCAUUCCUGGGCCAUCCAACUCAUGUAACUGCUUCACGUCCACAUGGAAAACAUAUUUAUUUUGAAGAUGUUCAUGUCAUACUGCUCGGUUUGUUGGAUGAAGGAGAGGUACGCGAGUUCAUACAAGGCAACAAACUGAUGCUGGAGGUUCAUGAUCGUGAUCAGAAAGAACAAAGUGACACAGGACAAGCGACCAUAUUUGGUGAAGAGAGAGACGACGACAAACUUUCUAAUGUUGGUCUAGUUAGUGCCAAACGAACUGCGUUUAAUGCAUUUCGUUCAAAAAAGCAAGGUUUUGAUCCGUAUGGUGUGGCUCACAUGCCACUUGUUGAUGUUCUUCGUGGUCAAACCACCAUCAGAUUACAGGCAAAUGUGAACCCUUCCCCUGUACCUGACAUGCUGCGUGACAACCCCGAUUUAUCGGGUAAAACACGGUUGGUUGGAAUAUCUGGUGAAGUAGAUCGACCACAGAGGCCUCCUUUACAUCCUGGCCAUUACAUCCAUGCAGGAACGACUGUUAAAAUGACGCUUACAUUGUCUCAUCCAUUUGUUCCUGCUCAGAACGUGCCUUGUUUGUUGCCGCUACCUAACCAGGUGUGCCCAUUCUCUCGUGUGAUUUAUUACUUCAGUUAUUCGAACAAAACACUGCUCAAGCAAAUUGAGGAGUUAGUGACAAGUACAAACGCCAAAGCGCUCAAGCUUGACCAGUUUGAGAAAGAUGUUUUGGAUGCUGCGUUGUCAACUUAUAAGUUGUCUAUGGAACAGAAAAAGAGCAAAACACUUGAUGUGAUCACUGGUUUCCAUCUUAUUGAUGGUAACUUACACUGGAUGGUGUUAGAGGGCUUAAGAGAGGGAGCAAUGCAAACUUUACUGCAAGCUAUUCAAAGAAAGGAGCCUAAAGAUGGUGAAGUCCUCGUUCAUCUCUUUGAUUCCUCUCUCAGCUUCAGCACUCGGCUCUACUCUGGAUUGGAUGUUGAUUUGUGUCGAGUUCGACUUCAUCAACCAAUCACUAAGAUACUUCAGCAACCUCUUCUAUACGUUAGAGAUAUGGUGCCUCACAAGUGCUUGGAAUGCCUCACUAAAAUGCAUGAGAUCUCAAACCUUACCAAGUUACGAGAUGUUGUUCAUUCCAAUUGUUUCCCAACAUCUGAAAUGGUGAUAUCUAUGAGCCGAGAGUUUGGGGUUCCUCUCACUUAUGAAGACUUUGAGAACAAACCUGAGAUUAAAAACAAUGAAACUGACAAGGCGAAUGAACUUCUAAUAAAAGAGUCGGAACCAAAAAAGAAAUACCCAGGCCGUCGUUGGACACCCAUAGACAACAAGAAUUCACAAUUCAUGGAAUUAAUUCGCCAACGUGACUAUGUGGAAGCACAAGCUGAUUAUGUCACUUUAAAUAUUGUUGCAGUCCAAGAAGCAGGCAAACGUCGCCGACCUCUCCACCCAACUGUUGGUAGUUUAUCAUUAGAUAUCCCAGCUCAUAACUACAGCACACAAACACUCAACACAACAGAAUUAGCAAAGGACAAACUAAGACAAAUGUUGCUUCAGCAAGAUCCUGAUGCACGGUACGCAUACCAUCCCACUUACAACUCAGCCAUGCUUGUACCAAUCAAUGUGGAUGCUUAUUACAAGGAGCAGGAUGAAGCAGCAAGAAGAGCUUGGAAGACGGAGCAGGGAAUGCUCUUCCCUGGAAUGAAAAGCAGUCGGGAGUGUAAUGAACAUCCUCUUAAACCGGAUGACUCCAGAAUCGAGGAGCUGCGUCUCAAAUUCCGGGAUAACGUUCUCCAUAGGAAUAUUUUAGAGCCAACACUACAGCGAGAUCGUAUGAGUUGGGACCAUCGUAAGGAAGACGUUGAGCUGUAUCGACGCCCUGUUUCUUAUUUUGGUAGUUCCCCCCCUGUUACUAUUCAUUUGGCUGGUCAGUUGUUAAAGGAAGAACAAUUAAAAAAUAAACGAAUGGAGGAGGAGGAGUGGAGAUCGAGAGUUGUUGUUGAUGAAGAUCGGAUGAAAUUUCAUCGGGUUCUUCCAGGAACAGAACAAACGAAUAAAUCGAAUCAACUCGAUCGACUUACUUGCCUCUUGAAAGAUGAACCGAAGAAGUUGGCUCUAAAGCGCCCUCCAGUGCCUGAGAUACCACCACUGUCAGUGGUUCAAAACCCAAGCGUAGAUCGUGCUGCACGAGCCCGUGGGGUAAAACUACCACCUGCAUUUGAUGAGAGUCGUGAGAAAAACGUUGGGUUUAUGGUUGGUCCUUAUGAUGAUAGCAGUUGGAAUAUGGAGCGAAAUAAAGUUCCAAUAAAAGACCCACACCACCAGUAUUUCGCCGAAAAAUGGGGCCAUGACAUGAAUUUGUACCACAAAGAGCGUGGACUUCUUUCCAAACACUUCGACAUUAAGGAACUAACGGAUGAAGAAAAACAGAACCACUUAUUCCGUAUUCCACCUCUGCAGCCAAAAUUCGCCAAGCAGCUCUCGGACGAAAUAAAGGAUGACACUGAUGAUUUGAGCAAAACAGAAGAUCAUAUAAAUACUUCCAGCGAAUACAGAAUCCAAUACCCACCAUAUAAAGUGCUUCCACGCUUGCAUGAGAUCUACCCACGUCAUACUUUCCAUGGCCUUGCACCCUUGACCGAUGACGGAAAACCAGUGACCCGUGACGCUAGCAUCGGAUUGGUGGGUUCGAGAGAAAAUGCAACAGUUGUCACUAGCAACCGUCAUGCACCCGGCACUAUGCACGAAAAUGAAGCGAGCGUUGAAAUAUCGCAACCACCAAUAGCCGUAAGUUCGUGAAUAUAUUUUUUCCGCACAACUGUUUCUAACUACACGAAACUGAGUCAGUCACCGCAGACGGACGUAUUUUGGAAUUAAAAUACGCCGACAUGUAAUGGGGCAUCAGGAGUCCGAAAAUAUAGUUUAAUUAAACUAAAGAGUAAUCGAUUUCAAAACAAGGCUGUGUAGUCUUUUUAAUACAGAUAGGGCGGGGGGAGAUGGGACUACUUUUAAUCGAUUUUCUCAUUCCAUUUGGUUGUAAACACAGAAAAUUUAAACAAUUAUAAAACCGUAUUCUCAAGACGCCCAUAGACCGUUGGUAAUUGUUUAAAACAGGAUCAGGAUUUUUAUAUAUUUUGCUAAAGGUGUCCCAUCUUUCCCACUCUAUACAAACAAAGGCGUAGUUAGUACGUGUUAUACUUUAUGGCACACGAUAUAUAAACAAUACCAUGGUUGUCUAAUAGAUUUUGUAUUUAGUAUCAUAUGAAACAUCAACGGAAUUUUAUUACAGUUUUAUUUAGUUUGCGGCUUAUUUCAUUGUGCACUGUGAGUUCAAUAUACAAACUUGUAUUUA